AUGGCCGAUAUCACCGACCAACACGACCAAGGUUCGCCUUCUGCCCUUGAUGAGCAUGCUGUCGGAAAUGGCAACUCAAUUGAAAGUCGCGGUGUCAAGCGCCAACGUCCCUCGACGGCCGACGACGACGAUGAUGAUGAUGACAAGCCCGGUCGCGAGCGCCGAAAGAUCGAGAUCAAGUUCAUCACUGACAAGUCGCGUCGACAUAUCACCUUCUCCAAGCGCAAGGCUGGUAUCAUGAAGAAGGCCUACGAGCUUUCAGUCCUUACUGGCACACAAGUUCUUCUCCUCGUUGUCUCUGAGACUGGUCUGGUCUAUACCUUCACAACACCGAAACUCCAACCUCUUGUCACCAAGGCAGAGGGUAAGAACUUGAUUCAGGCCUGUCUUAAUGCUCCAGAGCCUCCUUCGAAUGGCGAGAACGGUGUCGACGAUCAAAACACCGCAGACUCGCCCGAGGAGCCUACCCCGCAACAUCUCCCACAACAAAAUCGUAUGCCUCAACAACCACAAAACAUGCAUGGAGGAUAUAUGCCACCGACUCUGGAGCAACAAAGACAAGCCAUGGCGUACCAAAACUAUGUUGCGCAACAACAAGGAACCGGCGGUUACCCAAUGCCACCUCAAGCGGGUAUUCCUCAACAACAUUCGCAUCAAGCAUAA